CUCAAAUGUCACACGGGAAGAAGAAGCUGCGAAAAGAAUUUUAGAAGAAAGCAACUGCAAUUUUGUCAUAAUCGGAGCUGCAAUUCGCAAUGAAAAAUGGAAACUAGACAGCCCAGUUCCGGUGAUGAGAUAAAGCCAGAGCUGUACUUCCUCAUCUCCAAGUUCCUGGCUGCGGGGCCGCUGGAGGAGACGGCAAAGGUUUUGAUCCGGGAACUCGAGGAGAAGAAGGUCUUGCCGCGUCGCCUCGACUGGCAGGGAAAUGAGCAUGAACAGACCUUUGCCGAAUUGGAACGAAAGUACAAGCAUAUUGGCGCCAACCAUCUGCUCGAAAUAUGUGGACGCCUGGGACCACUGGUCGAUCGCGACCUGCCUCCCAGUGUGCCGGGAAUCAGUUCGCUGCUGGGCACCGGCCGCCAGAAUCUCCUGCGCACCGUGGACACCGUCUACUGUCACCGCUCCCUGAAGGAUUACUGCACCCGCCUCCAUGGAGUUUCUCUGCCGGAUUCGCGCCUGACCAAACCUACACACAACUUGGACCGUGUUCUUAUUGGCCGAGAGCAUGGCGGAGAUGUGCGUCGCAAGCUGCUCGUGCCCACAGACCUUUACCGCCGGACGAAGCUGCUCCGCCGCACCGUGGGUCACCUAUCCUCGGUGUACUGUGUGCUCUUCGACCGCACUGGUCGCUACAUCAUCACCGGGGCCGAUGAUCUGCUCAUCAAGAUCUGGUCCGCGGCAGAUGGCCGUCUACUGGCCACUCUGCGCGGCGCCUCCUCCGAGAUCACGGACAUAGCCAUCAACUUGGACAACACAAUGCUGGCCGCCGGGUCGCUGGAUCAUAUCCUGAGGGUGUGGGACCUGCAGACCACCUCGCCCAUCGCAGUCCUGUCCGCCCACACGGGCAUGAUAACGUCGGUGAACUUUUGUCCCUCGCCGCGCAGUGAUCCCAAGUAUCUGGUGACCACUAGCACGGACGGAUCCAUCGCCUUCUGGCAGUACUCGGCAAAGCGCGGCCAAAAGAUUACAUUCGACCCGAGGCCAUUUCAGUACCACGAGAAGCUGCGGCCUGGACAGGCCCAGAUGAUGUGCACGACGUUUUCGCCGGGUGGCAUGUUCCUGGCCGCCGGCUCAGCCGAUCACCAUGUGCGCGUCUACAUGAUGGGCGAGGAUCCGCCGAAACGAAUCUUGGAGACGGAGGCCUGCACGGAUGCCGUAGACUCGGUGCAGUGGUCGCACCGCGGGCUGAGAUUCAUUUCGGGCAGCAAGGAUGGCACCGCCCACAUCUGGACCUUUGAGUCGCAGCAGUGGAAAAGCGUUAAGCUGUGCAUGACGGAACGCCUGGCCAGCUGCCCGGAACCAGAGGAGGGCAAGAGGCUAAAGGUCACCAUGGUGGCCUGGGAUGCCUCGGAUCGUUAUGUCAUCACCGCCGUCAAUGAUUUUAGCAUAAAAAUCUGGGACUCGAAGUCAGCCAAGCUGCAUCGUGUUCUGCGUGGCCACAGGGAUGAGCUUUAUGUGCUCGAGUCUAACCCAAGGGAUGAGCACGUCCUGCUCUCCGCCGGCCACGAUGGCCAGGUGUUUCUGUGGGACAUAGAGCAGGGCGUCUGCGUGGCUAACUUUUUGAACGACAUCGAUGGCCAAGGCCAUGGCAGUGUGUUCGACGCCAAGUGGUCGCCGGAUGGCACGAUGAUAGCUGCCACCGAUUCGCAUGGACACAUCCUGAUCUUUGGCUUGGGUGUGUGCAUUGAAAAAUACAAAAUGCUGCCCACGGAGCUGUUCUUUCACACGGAUUUCCGGCCACUAAUUCGGGAUGCCCAGCAGCAUGUAGUGGACGAGCAAACGCAGAUAAUGCCGCAUCUAAUGCCUCCGCCUUUUCUGGUCGACGCUGAUGGCAACCCGCAUCCCACCAGGUACCAGCGUUUUGUGCCAGGCCGGGAGAGCUGUAGCUUGGACCAAUUGAUCCCGAAUCUUACGGUGGGCGUGGAUGGCGUUGUAAUCGAAGAUGGAGGUGCAGCUGGUGAUGGCGAUAUUGCUGUGGCCGCUGCACCCGUUGAACCCCCACCCGCACUUAUGUCCCCAGCUGUGGCCGGAGGAGCAGCCGGAGCCAACUACUCCCACAUAGACCGCAUGAUUGCAGCUCUGGCCAAUCGACAGUCGGUUAGUGUCAAUGCCAACGAUGCCAAUCCGAGCAAUGGCAACCAGUCGUUCGAGCGCCUAACCAAUCGUCAACUGCCCGACUCCAAUGGCAGACAAUCUUCUCGUGGCAAUGUUCUGGGCAGUCGCAUGAGCACGCCUCGCCAGGGCUGGGGGGCGCCUGCUGCACUGCCGGCUGAUGAGCAGCCAGGACCGUCUCAACCACCGGUAGAGGCACCAGCAGAAGCAGUGCCGGCAGCAGCGCCUGUCCAGCCGGCACAAGCCCAGCAGGUGCUGCCAAUCAAGUUCAUCCGCCGCACCUAUGUGCGUCCCAUGAAAUACCCCCAGUUGCAGAACCUCAAGCAGACCAUUUACUCCGCCGGCCAGUUUGAGAAGCAAGAGUACAAACGCGAGAUGCGCCGCCGACCCAUCAUGAUCAACACUGCCAGUGCAGCAUCCUCGCAGCAGGCGGGCAGCGUGGGCAGGCCGCGGAAUACCCGUGCCAAUGGAGGCGGCUCAAGAGCAGGAAGAAGACGUGGCGCCCAGGCCGGAGCUGUACAGCAGCAGCCGGCUUACCGCACACGCGCUGUGCGGGAUCAGGAGCCGGAGCGCUACGACGAGGUGGCGCCACCACCCGAAGAAGAGGAGGAAGACGUGUCCAGCAACACAUCCGGCGACACUAGCUAUUCGAAUGUGGAGGAAAACCUGGAGGACAGCAGCGACGAGUCGGACACGGACAGUUCCGAUUACUCGGAUUGGGUGGCGGACACGCCUGGUCCAAAUCUGGAGCCGCCCAAGCGCUCCAAGCGUAAGCCCCUCUCUCGAAGACCUCGCAGCAGCGAUGACAGUAGCGAUGAUGAGAGGGCGGCAGGCAGAGCCAGGGGUGGACAGGUUACGGCCCGGAAGGUUGGGCGCAAGACCGUGUGGUUCCCGCCCACAGAUGCUAAUGGCGAGAUACCGGAGCUGUAUCGUCCGGCUGAAUGGCUGUCGGAGGUGAUUCCUCGCAAGGCGCCCUAUUACCCCCAGAUGGGCGACGAGGUGGUCUACUUCCGGCAGGGACACGCCAAGUACUUGGAUGCAGUGCGCCUGAAGAAGGUCUACAAGCUGUCGCACAGCUCGGAGCCCUGGAACUUUCACACCCUGCGUGACCACGAGCUGGUCCGUGUGAUUGGCAUCAAGUACGAGAUUCGCCCGCCACGACUGUGCUGCCUGAAGCUGGCGAUCAUCGAUGAGGAGGGCAACAUGACGGGGACGUCGUUCAAGAUCAAGUACCACGACAUGCCCGACGUCCUGGACUUCCUCGUGCUGCGCCAGACCUUCGAUCUGGCCGUGCAGCGCAACUGGAGCAUUGGAGAUCGGUUCCGCUGCAUGAUCGUCGACGGCUGGUGGAUGGGUCAGAUCGAAUCGCGUCACGCACUCUCCGCCGACUUUCCCGACUCGUCCUUCAUGUGUUUCCGCGUGCGCUGGGACAACGGCGAGUACGAGUUCAUGAGUCCCUGGGACAUGGAGCCCAUCGACCAGCAACGGGCGCCGGAAGAGGUGGGCGGCGCUGUUCCGGUGCUGCCGGAGGAGAUACGCGCCACCCUGUACCAGCCCAAGUCGGAGGAGUGGCAUCGCGGCGAUCGCGAUGGCACCUGCAGGCGCAUAAUCAACGGAUUGGAGCAGGUAAUGCGUCUAUCCAUUGCGGAGCAUUUUCUGGCCCCCGUCGACCUCAACAUUUAUCCGGAUUACGCCUAUUUGAUCGAAUAUCCCAUCGACCUCACCACGGUAAAGUCGCGCUUUGAGAAUCACUUCUACCGCCGCAUCACUUCAGCCCAGUUCGAUGUGCGCUACUUGGCCACCAAUGCGGAGCAGUACAACCGUCGGCAUGCCAUCAUCGUCAAGCAUUCACGGAUUGUCACAGACCUGUGUCUGCGGAUCAUCAGGGAAGCGGAUGAGAUAGAUGUGGCUGCUGUUUAUCACCAGCUGGCGGAUGUGUACCACUCAUCCGAGUCGGAGAACGAGGCGGACUCGGAUGUGGUGCCAUCGACCACCUCUGGACCAACGACCUCGGCCGCCGCAGCAGCAGCAAGGCAAAGAGUAUCCUCCGCCCGACGCUCCACUCGAAUUCAUUCGGAGGGAGACUGGCGGGCCGACUGCAGGCAACUGCUAGAUCUGAUGUGGGCACGGACGGAUUCGGUGCCGUUCCGUGAGCCCGUGGACACCAUCGACUUUCCCGACUAUCUGGAGAUCAUUGCCACGCCCAUGGAUCUGCGCACGGUGAAGGAGGAUCUGCUGGGCGGGAACUACAACGAUCCGCUGGACUUUGCCAAGGAUGUGCGACUGAUCUUCCAAAACUCGAAGAACUACAACACCAACAAGCGGUCGCAGAUCUAUGCCAUGACAUUGCGGCUGAGUGCGCUUUUUGAGUCGCACAUCAAGACGGUAGUUACCAACUGGAAGGCUGCCUGCAGGCGCGCCAAUAAAAACAAGUCGGGCAGCAGUGGAGGCGGAGGACGCGGUGGCUCCAGCAGCAGCCCCAACAAACGAACCAACAAGGAGCGGUCCACGCGUCGCAAUCAGAAACCAACGGCGGCUGCCAGAAGGCUGCCGCUGGCCAACUCCAGUGAGGAUGAGGACGAUGACGAUGACGACGACGAUGAUGAUGACGAGGAGGCGGCAGCCACGAGGGUUCGCUCCCGUCGUCGGAACGGCGUGGCCGUAAGUGCCAGCUCCUCUGGCUCCAAUCGCGUGACCUCUUCAUCCGCCGCCCAGCAGCGUCGCAUCAAGAGCAGCAGCAGCGAGGAGGAAGAGGAGGAGGAGGAAACCAGUGCGCAGGCCACCUCCGAUGCCAGCAGCGAUGAGGAGGAGAGAGCCCAGUCCAAUGACAGUUCGCCCCAGCAGGCACGCACGCGUCGAGGCGGCAGGCAGAGGCCACGACUGAGCGAUGACUCCAAUGCCAAUGACUCCGAGGACAGCUACAAUCCCAGCAGUCGCCGACGGCCUGGAGGUAAGCGACCGUCCAGCAAGAGGCCGAACAACGGCCACUCCAGCAAGCGGCGACGGUUGAGCAAGAGUCCAGCCACUGCUGCUGCUGUAGCGGCCGCCGGUUCGCCUCGUCGUUCGCGUCGCGUCAUCGGCAGUUCCGCGGAGGAGGCGGCCUCCCACUCGCAGAACGACGAGAGCACUCAGGACAGCCAGGUGGGACGUCGAAAGGGUCGCUCGGCAACGAGCCGGUCCCAGCCCACCGACAAUGGACCCAGCACGAGUGCCGCAGCGGCUGCCAGCGCCAGCUCCAACCUAGAAGCUCGAUCGCGAAACACUAGAGCCAACGGGAGCAGGACUUCGACACAUCUGGCCGCCGAAAAUGACCACAGCUACCACCUGCCUGUCCGCAACGGCCGCAUCAUCGAGUCCGACACGGACUCUCCAGUGAUCAGGCCCACUCGGCAGAGCGCCAAGCGGGCGCUGAUGGAUUGGGGACGCGGGAGCGACAUCGAGGAAGAGGAUGAGGAGGAGGAGGAAAGCGAAGAAGCCGAAGAGAUACUGCCAACGCCCACGAAGGACGACGUGCCCUCUACCAGCCGAGCCGCUCUGGCUCAGGCUGCAGCUGGUCCUGUCCGUCAGCUGCGCACGAACCGCAACACCGUCGUGCGACCAGUCCAGAGCGACGACGACGACGAUGACGACAGUGACAACGAGCCGCUGGCCAACAAUCAGCAAAGAAACUACCAAUCACCUGCAAAAUCAAGCUCAACGUCCACGGCAGCUCCUCAUCCGCUGUCCCUGCGUCGUCGCUUGGCCUCGCCGCCAGAACGGAACACACACAUGACCCGCUCACAUGCCACCUCCACCACGACGUCCUCGGCGGCGGGCUCCCGGGCAGAGCAUCAGCCGGCGGUGUCCACCCACGACCACAACUACCUGGGCAAUGUUAAUGCAUCGAGGGCACCGCGACGCAUUUUGUCGCGCCAUCAACGGAAUGCCGACGAGCUGGACUCCAGUCUGGAUGUUCUGGAGAACACGCGUCUGCUCUCAGCCAUAGCCAAUCACCGACGACCCACCUCCACCACGAAUAGCACUAGCAACAGUACCAGCAACGUGGUCACAAGGCGUCUGCGUGGACGCGCCAGUCAGCAGAACUCCCACGACGAGGAGCACGAGGAGGAGGAAGCGGCUGCCUCCGACGAGGGAACGGAUGGAGGCUCCAGCUCGCAGAGCUACGAGGAUGAGGACUCCGACUCGGAGGACAAUCAGCCAUUGACCAGCUACGUCUCGCCCAGCAACGGCCGCACCCGUCGCAAGGCGAAAACUUCCUCCUCCUCGGCUACCACGCAAGAUCGCCCGUUGCGACGCACCCGUCGCCCGCCGUCCAAUAACUCCUUUGUCAACGACAUCGACGACGAUGACGACUAUGUGGGACCGCGAAGUCGUCGGAGCAACCGCAGCGGGAAUCAGCGCGCCGGUCGAAACCAAAAGAGACCGCGGUAUAACGAGCAGUCCGAGGAGGAAGAGGCGGCGGCAUGCUACUCACACCGGAGCAAACGAGUCCGUAAUGGGGAAGCCCAUGCCAGCUCCCAGGAGCGAUCACAGACCUCCGCCGAGCAGGAGCCGGCGGAGGACGAGGAGGAGGGCAGCUCGGUGGACUCGGAUGACCAGCGGGUGACCGUGAGCAGCCGGGGCAGGGUGCGCAAACCUUCUGCCAAGGCGCGCGGCAUCUUCAAAGAGUGACCGCAGACUGUUUUAUGUAUAAAUUAAAUCUAAUUGCUUAUCCAAGAAACCAUUGUAACAUUUGCUAGCAUCUUAUUUCUUAUUAUUGAUUAAUAUGUAAGAGUAAACCACAUCACUUGUCAUUGUAACUGUCGGUAUCAUCGUACCACGAUCAUUGUCCAGUCCCCAAGCCACCACCCCAAAACCCACCCAAAUCCGUCACAUCCCUAUGCCUAAACGUAAAGUGUUAAACCCAUGUCCAUCACACACAGUGGCAGAAUACGUUCGAUUUUUGUUCAAGUCUUAAUUUCAUUAAUGGCAUCAACCCUACAUUCUAUGUGUAGAGAGGGCAAGGCCAAAGCAACGUUUUAUAUGUAUUUCUAUAAUAUAUAGGUACUGUCAUACAUAUAUAUUUAAAAGGUAGCACUCGGAAUCACACUUCAUUUAAAAUAGUUUUAGAAUAAAGUAUCAUGAAAAAACACUGUA